AGGCGGGCGGAAGGGGCGGGACAUGAUACGGAAGUCCCGGGCUAGCUCCUUUCACGUGGGAGGGGCUGCUCUGUGAGUAGCUGGUGCUCAGGAGGCAUGGCACUCUGGCGGGCAUACCAGAGAGCCCUGGCUGCUCAUCCGUGGAAAGUCCAGGUUCUGACAGCUGGCUCCCUGAUGGGCCUAGGUGACAUUAUCUCACAGCAACUGGUGGAGAGGCGGGGUCUUCAGGAACACCAGGCAGGCCGGACCCUGACAAUGGUAUCUCUGGGAUGUGGCUUUGUGGGCCCUGUAGUAGGAGGCUGGUACAAGGUUUUAGACCGGUUCAUCCCUGGUACCACCAAGGUGGAUGCACUAAAGAAGAUGUUGUUGGAUCAGGGGGCCUUUGCGCCAUGUUUUCUAGGCUGCUUCCUCCCACUGGUAGGAAUACUCAAUGGACUGUCAGCCCAGGACAACUGGGCCAAACUGAAGCGGGACUAUCCUGAUGCUCUCAUCACCAACUAUUAUCUCUGGCCUGCUGUGCAGUUAGCCAACUUCUACCUGGUCCCCCUUCAUUACAGACCCUCAGCCAGCACACUCUGCCCUGAUGAAAGCUCCUCAGAUUCAGGCAUUUCAUUCAGAACCUUUGGACUUUUAUAGAGACCAUCCUAAAGUGUCCCUGACUGACUGCUAUCUCCCUUGGAAGGAUCCUUCGACAACCCUUGUCUCCUUCCCACCUGGGCUCUACACAUUUGGGAGUUUAUCUGCAGAGACAGGGCUGGGCUGGGCUGCACUCACAGCCUAGGUUAGCCAGAAAGGUAGACUUGGAGGCCAAGUAGGAGCCUUAUCAGGUUAGUUAUCAGGCUCAUUAUUAUGUCCUGGUAAGAAAGGUUGUUGUUGGGGCUGGAAAGAUGGCUCAGUGGUUAAGAGCACUGACUGCGCUUGCAGAGGACCCGUGUUUGACUCCCAA